GAGCCUCUAAUCCAAGAUUCUCUUCCAUGGCUUCUAUUUUCAGACCUUCUUCAGCUUCACUUGAUUUACGACCAAAGGUUAUUUGCAAGAAUCUCUCUACGAGAGAGCGGUUUGAGUUCCAGAAAAAGAGUCUGAGGAAAGAAAGGAUCAAUGUUAGGUUUUGUAGCUUGAAGGCUAAUAAAGCACAAGGACCAAUUGAAGGGAUUAGUGUUGUAGAAGAGAAACAGCUUAACAGCAAAACCGAUUAUGGAGUUGUUGGGGUUCAUCAUGUUGGUCUGCUCUGCGAGAACCUAGAACGGUCACUCGAGUUCUACCAGAAUAUUUUAGGCCUUGAGAUCAAUGAGGCAAGGCCUCACGAUAAGCUUCCUUAUAGAGGAGCAUGGUUAUGGGUUGGUUCAGAGAUGAUUCAUCUUAUGGAGCUUCCAAAUCCAGAUCCGUUAACAGGUAGACCCGAGCACGGAGGCCGGGAUCGACACGCUUGUAUAGCAAUUCGCGAUGUUUCAAAUCUGAAAGAGAUCUUGGACAAAGCUGGGAUCGAGUAUACGAUGAGUAAGUCAGGUAGGCCAGCGAUAUUUACUCGUGAUCCAGACGCAAACGCUCUGGAGUUCACUCAAGUUUGAGUUGAGUCUAUUUGUAGAUGAAUCCUCUAAACUUUCACUUGAUUAUAAGUUGUAGAUGCUCUUCAUAUAGAACAGAGAAAAGCAAACCAAACUGUUGUUGACUUAUUAUUUAAUACCACAAUAAAUAUUUACAGACAUG